AUGAGUUCCAAAAUUAAUGAAAGUGAUUCUGCUGAAUUGAGGAAAAGACAAGCUCAAUUCACAAAAGAAUUGCACGGUGAUGACAUUGGUAGCAAGACUGGUAUUUCUGCUUUAAUAUCAAAGAACAGAUCUGCUCAAAAGGAAGCCGUUGCUAAAUAUUUGAAACAUUGGGAUGGUAGAACAGACGAAACCUCUGAAGAAAAACGUUUGGAAGAUUACAAUGAAUCAACUCAUUCUUAUUACAACGUCGUAACUGAUUUCUAUGAAUACGGUUGGGGUUCUUCUUUCCAUUUCUCUAGAUUUUACAAAGGUGAAACUUUUGCUUCUGCUGUUGCAAGACACGAACAUUAUUUAGCUUACAUGGCUGGUAUUGAAAAAGGUGAUCUUGUAUUGGAUGUAGGUUGUGGUGUCGGUGGUCCAGCAAGAGAAAUUGCAAGAUUCACCGGUUGUAACGUCAUUGGUUUAAAUAAUAAUGAUUACCAAAUCGCCAAGGCAAACUAUUAUUCAAAGAAAUAUAACUUACAAGAUCAAUUGGAUUUUGUUAAAGGUGAUUUUAUGAAUAUGGAUUUUGAACCAAACACUUUUGAUAAAGUUUAUGCUAUCGAAGCUACUUGCCAUGCUCCAAAAUUGGAAGGUGUCUAUGGUGAAAUUUUUAAAGUUUUGAAACCAGGUGGUGUUUUCGCCGUUUACGAAUGGGUCAUGACUGAUAAAUAUGAUGCAUCUAACCCAGAACAUAGAAAAAUUGCUUAUGAAAUUGAAUUAGGUGACGGUAUCCCAAAGAUGUUUGAAUGUCAAGUAGCAAGAGAUGCUUUGAAAAACGUCGGUUUUGAUAUCAUUGUCGAUGAAGAUUUGGCUGAUCAGGAUGAUGAAGUUCCUUGGUAUUACCCAUUGACUGGUGACUGGAGAUACGUCCAAACUCUAUCUGAUAUUGGUACUUUCUUCAGAACUUCUCACAUUGGUAGAAAAUUCACUAAUAUAAUGGUUUCUACCAUGGAAAGAAUCGGUUUAGCUCCAGAAGGUUCUUCUAAAGUCGUUACCGCCUUGGAAGAAGCUGCUGUUGGUUUAGUUGCUGGUGGUGAAUCUAAGUUAUUCACUCCAAUGAUGUUAUUCGUUGCAAGAAAGCCAUUAGUCGAAGAACCAAAGUCUUCCAAGAAAUAA